AUGCAUAAAUACAUUCCUGUGUUGAGCAUCUUCGAGAUUGCACAAAGUGCCACACCUUUUAUGUCGGCAUCAACGAGUCAACCUCCAAAACAGAUUGCUCGGAUACGAAUUCCACAAACGGAGUUUGUUGCUGUCACUGCAUAUCAAAACAAUACCAUUACACAGUUGAAAAUCGAACAUAACCCAUUUGCUAAAGGAUUUCGAGACGGUGGCGAACGCAAACGAUCCACGCCAGAAAAUUGCCUGGUGAGUUUUCAAAAACAGAUAAAUCUAUAA